GGGGGGGGGGGGGGUAGAACCCUAAGAAGGUGCUAUACAAAUAGCUGGUUCUGGCUGGGUCUAGCAGCUUCAUCAGAUUUUUAAAACCACUGUUCCUGUUACUGCUCCUCAGCAGAUUGUCUCCACAUUAGACUUGCAGAAGAUCUGGAGCUCAGUAGAGUGAACUGAUAUCGGUUUAAUUAAAACUUAUCAGAAGAUUUGGAUUGGCAGGUAGAAUGAUGAUGUUUCAGCUGGGAUUAGUGGAAUGUGGAACUUCCUCUAACUGGAUUUUAGUCAACAAUGAACAGAUUUCUCUCCAUCUCUUUAGAAUCCACGCAGGUGAAUUUAUUUGCUGCAUCACCAAGAUGCCAUCUGAUAAAUCUCCUUCAGGUGAGAAAGAAAUGAAGACAAAUAGGAAGAACAAAACAAAGACACAGAGGAAGACAGUAGAUAUCCAACAGUUGACAUCCUCUGGUCACAGAGCGCUGCAGGAAGGACAACCUCAGGAUGCUCUGACCUUUUUCAAAGAUGCCCUGAAGGCUGCAGCACAGCUGCAGGACUCCCGAGUCAUCAAGGCCUGUUCCUUUAACCUUGGAGCUGCCUAUGUAGAAGCAGGGCGACCUCAGAAAGGACUGGACUUCCUGCAACAGGCUGAACCUGGGCCAAAGGCAGACCGACUCCCAGACCUUCAGUUCAACCUGGCGCUGGCUCACAAAGCACUGGGUCAGAACAAAGAGGCUGCAGCCUACUUUCUGCUGGCUGCUCAGCUGUACAGAUCACAGGGAGACGGCAGAAAUGAGGGAGACGCCUGCAUGGAGAUGAGCCAUUGCUACAGCAGUACUCAGAACUGGUCUCAGGCGGUUCAAGGUUUUCUUCGAGCAGCAGAGGGUUACAAACUGGCUGCCAUGUUUGAUUCUGCGGCAACUGCCUUAAAAGAAGCAGGAUGUCACAUGAUCCAGUCAGAUCAGUUCAGCCAGGAUGACAUCACAAGCGUGCUUACAGAAUGUCAGAAUUUCCUGGAAAACAUCACUGACCAAAAUAUUCUAGGUGAACUCUAUCUCUCCGUGGGCGUGUCCUAUUGCCAGCUCAGGUGUUUCGAGGAGGCGGUUCUGUGUUUUAACCUAGCCCUGGGUCCUGCAGCCCAGAGUCCACCCCUGCUGGCGAAAGUGCUGCAAAACCUGGGAGCGGCCCAGAACGCUCUGGGCCAGUUUGGUCCUGCGGUGGAUCAUCACAGGCUUGCUGCAGGAUUGUACGGUACUCUGGGUUGCCGCAGUGACCAGGCUCGGUGUUUCAGCAACAUGGCGUUUGCAUACAGUCAGCUGGGGGACGAAGAGGAGGCAGCAGAAAGCUUCAUCCUCGCUUUGCAGGGAUUCAGAGACACAAGGGACCACCUGGCUCAGGUCCAGGUGUGUGAGGCACUGGCCGAGUGUUACUUGAAGCAAAAGAAGCAGCAGAAAGCAGUUGAGCUCUAUAAACAGGCUCUGAGCACCCUUCGUCUCUGCCAGGAGGCUGAAGGUGUUCAGGAUCGACUCGUGGAGCAGCUGACUCAAGCCCUGCAGCAAAGUCUGACUGUUCCACAGAGACCACACCCACUUAGUCCCCACCUACACAACUCACCUGUGGCACAGCAUGCCAGGAAGAGUGACAUCAUACAAAGGCUGGCUUCAGCAGCCAAUCAAAAAUCAGAUAAGCAGAGGGGGGAUGUUACAGUAGCAGGUUGUACAGGUGAAACACUCUCAGGUGAACAGAAAGCAUCAGAACACAGUCACUCAGCAGGGGGAGGAGCUGCUGAAACACCUGACAGCAUGAAUGUUACAUCAGGGUUUCGCAGUUUCCACCAGAAAGACAAGCCACACCACAGUGAACGGUCAUUGGACAGAGAGAACCCUCCCACUGGCAGUGAAGCUUCACUGGCCCAGCAGGUAGAAGCCACGCCCAAGAGCACAGGUGGAAAAUGGAAGGCCCCGUCACCUAUUUCCAGAUGGAGAUCUCAGUUUUGUUCCUUGAUGUAGCUCUUGAGAUUGGACAGUAAAGUGAUAAAUUAUUUAUUUGGGCUUUUUAUGAAAUAUUUUCUUAAUAAACACAACAUGUUUCAAAGAU